CCCCCCCCCCCGCACAGCUCCCACUGGUUUGUCUGUCGGUUUGGGGCACUGCAUGAUAGAUUAACCACAGAACAUUUACACGGAUGUGAGUCCAGUGACCAGGCGUCAUGUCCCUGUUGCUGUGACGUUAACUUCGCAGCUGUUCUUUGUAACCCUUCACAAAGUCUCAAGGUAGAAAAAGGACAAAAAUGUACUAAAGCCGCUGAUUUGCUGAUUAAACAAUUAUGGUGAAGCAGCCUGUUUUUGUCAAUGAAAAACUGGGAGAGAGCGGUAGUGUGAGCUGCUUCUCCCGCGUGGCUAAUGAGCGGACUCACUGUGAGCCGAGCAUGCUCAUUAAUAACAACCGAGGCUGCUUCUCUAAUUAGGCUCCUGCUUUCACAAUCUUUCCCCUCUCUCCGUGCAAAAUACCGGGAUAGACAGACGGACGUUACGUACUAGUCCGGUGAAGCUACAUUGGGCUGCGGUAUCCAGGACCCCUCGCUAUGGGCAGCCAGGAAACAGGGACCCAGGAGACUUUGCAAACCCCAGUUCUAGAAAAUGGCAGACCAGAAGUUCCCAGUGAAGAGUCAAGCAGAUUUACCAGAGAUCAGCUCUUCACAAUGGCAGCAACAGCUUGUUUAAACUUCAGUUCAAUGAUUUGCUAUUCGAUCCUCGGACCCUUUUUUCCAAGAGAGGCAGAGAAAAAGGGUGCCAGUGAUACAGUUGUUGGACUGAUUUUUGGAUGCUUUGCUUUAUUUAAUUUCUUGACUUCUUUAAUAUUGGGCAAUUAUCUUGUACAAAUUGGAGCCAAAUUCAUGUUUGUGGCUGGGAUGUUUGUCUCGGGAUGUGUUACAAUUCUGUUUGGUUUGUUGGACAAAGCACCUGAUGGACCAGUAUUCAUUGGUUUGUGUUUUCUGGUUAGAGCGAUGGAUGCCAUAGGCUUUGCUGCAGCAGUGACGGCAUCAUUUUCUAUUCUUGCAAUGGCUUUUCCCAAUAAUAUAGCUACAGUAAUGGGCAGUCUUGAAAUUUUUACAGGGCUUGGACUAGUGCUGGGCCCACCUUUAGGUGGCUUUUUGUAUCAGUCCUUUGGCUAUGAAGUCCCUUUCAUAGUGCUAGGAUGCUUAGUGCUGAUCCUGGUGCCUCUGAACAUGUACCUCUUACCAAAAUACGAUGCAAUCGCUACCAAGGACUCAUUCUGGAUGCUCAUUACUCUGCCGAAAGUUGUACUUCUCUGUUUUACUAUAUUUUCACUAAGUGCAUGUUUAGGCUUUUUGGAUCCCACCAUGUCACUAUUCGUUUCAGAGAAGUUCAAAUUACCAGCUGGUUAUGUGGGGUUAGUAUUCCUAGGUUUGGCACUUUCCUACUCCCUGUCUUCACCAUUGCUUGGGUUUCUAAGUGAUAAAAUGCCACACCUAAGGAAAUGGUUGUUAGUCUUUGGGGGCUUACUGACCGCACUGUCGUUUUUCCUGUUAGGACCUGCUCCCAUCUUGCACAUUGAAAGCAAACUCUGGAUGUUUGUCCUAAUGCUGGUUUUGACUGGGUUUUCCCUUGGGAUGUCUAGUAUCCCGCUGUUCCCUGAGGUGCUGCAUUGUGCUUAUGAGAAUGGAUUCGAGGAGGGGUUAAGUGUGUUGGGACUGGUGUCUGGGCUCUUCAGUGCAAUGUGGUCACUUGGAGCUUUUGUAGGACCAACAUUAGGUGGAUUCCUAAAUGAGAGGCUGGGGUUUGAAUGGGCUGCCACCAUACAAGGAGGAUGGGCGUUAUUAAGUGGACUAGCUAUUGGAAUAUACUAUAUCCUAGAGGCCUCACAAAGAAAUAGAAGAACCAAUUUGCAGACCCCUCUGGGCACAAAUGAAGAAAGAGCUCAGCUGUUGGCUAGUGAGACAUAGCCAGGAAUACUUCUGGAUCAACAUUCUUUUUUUUUUCUUUUAAGUUAACUUAGUGAUGAGAAGAGUGGACUUAACAUCCAAACAGUGUUGCAUAAUUCUAGAGCUGGGAGAAUCAAUUCCCAUAAUGCAUAACAAAUUGUGGAUUAUUUGUAAUGGCAACAUAUUGCCAUAUUGCUGUUCUGAUGCUCUAUUUAAAUACUACAUGCCUUUCUUUUCGAUGUUCCUGCUGUGGAUUGGUUGAACUGGUAAAUCAAAUGUCAGCCUGCUUAUCUGUGUUCACAGUACAGUGCACUGAAGAGAGAGUUUGCACAAUGUGAAAAAAUUGUGUUUCAGAAUGUUCAUUUCUUGUACUUGAAUCUGCUGGGGACUAUCCCAGACCGUCUGUCACUAUCAUGUUUUAUUGUAAUGUGCAUUUUCCUUUUAAAAAAAGGAAAAGAAUGGUUAAAAUAUCAUAUCUGAUAACAUUAGCUGUUCAAAGGGAAUUUGAAAUAGUGAAACAGUGAGCAUAAUGUUCUGUUAAAUAAAACCAAGUAACUUCUUAUUUCUAAAUUCUGUGAAUUUCUUUAGCCAAAUGAUAUUACAAGUGAGGGUGGAAAGGAAGUCAGCCAUCUUCCAUGUCCUCCUAUUAAACAUAGGAAUGGGAAGAAAAGGCAAAUAUUGGAGAAUGGGAGAGCUGAAUUUAUAUGCUGGGUCAUAUUCAGUAAGUACAGCAUUACGCCUGUUUAGACCAGGACUAAAUUUGACCCAUGAUGGAAAGGGAAUUUGGUAGAAUUAGAGUCUGCAUUUCUACUGGAUGUGUAGCCCAUAGGGAUAGCUUUAGUAUUUAUUUUAUUCAAUAGUAAUGCUAGGAACCUACAGGCCUGUAUUCUAUAAGACAUUGUCUUCAGCAGUUAGCUUGAGGUCUAUGAACUUAAGCCAUUUAUCUGUGCCAAAUGGUCACCCCUAAGUAUUGGGGAACUGAGAAUAGUGUAGAAGGGGGAAGUUUGUCCACAACAAUACCAGCCCACCACAGGAACAUGAGCUAACAUCAGCUUGUGGAUAUCUUUGGAUGGGAACAUCUGCAGAUGUCUGAACACAAGAGUGCCAUGGCAAUGAAUUGAUGUAUACGAUAAGUUGAGAUCAAGAAUAUACUAACCUAUAGGAGAAGGGCAGCCCAACGUUAGUAGGGUGAGGAGAUACAAAUAAGGAAGAGGGGAGAAACUUCUGCUGAAUAUGCAUGAGACAUAGUGGUGUCAACUAACAUAAAAGUAUCCCAGUCAGUGGGCAGGCAGAGAGAGAGAUGGUCAGAUGUACAUUCUGUAUUAUCUCUGUCUACCUUGCUGGGUCAGAGUAUUUGUGACUCUACUAAAUGUAUUCAACUAUUGUAAAUACAGAAGGGUUCCUAAAGUGUGAGUAUUGCAACUUUGCACAACGGAGUUCCCAACUAAACAGUAACCUUAAUAAUACUGGACCUGAUCUUGGGACAAGAACCUGUCAAACCUCAGAGUGGUUCAACCUCAGAGUGUGAACUGGGAAUUCUUAAGUAAUCCAUAUAAUUAAUAUACAAUGAUAGAUCAGGCUACACGUGCAAGUUGGGCCACUUACCCUUGCAACUGUAGCAGAGUUUAUUUCUUCAGUAUAUAAAAAGUACAUGCAAAAUUCCCAUCUCAAAAAGCUCUGAGCUUAUAAUCAGGAACAUCCAUUCAGCCUCAGUCCUUGACAGCAGCCAGGAGCAUUCUAAUGAUAAAUCCUUCCCUAAAUCCGGAGGAACAGAGGGGCUUGGAAGGCAAAUAGGAGUGAGAGGAGUCAGUGCCAAACUUGAGCUCGACCUGCCAACAGCAUUUUUGCCAUAUAUCAAGAGGAUUUCAAGCACCAGCUGACGACAAUGGUAGUUAUUUCUUGGAGGAGGAGGAAGAGGA